UAAUCAAAAAUAGUAGGAAUAAUAAGUAAAUAAAAUGUUCACAAUAAGAAAAGCAGUAUCUUCAAAAUGUUUACGUAUUUCUCGUGCAUUUUUCGCUACUAAAACAUUACCAAAGGAAAACAAAAUAAAAAUUGGCAAUCGUGAAAUUAACUACUUAACUGUUGGUUAUGGACCUCACAAGGUUUUCUGUGCACCAGGUGCACUUGGUACUAUUUGGACAGAGUUUAAGCCGCAAAUUGAAGGCUUUAUGCAUGAUAAAUUUAGCUUAAUAGUCUGGGAUCCUCCAGGCUAUGGCAAAAGUUAUCCACCAGUGAAGGAAUUUACAGUCGACUUCCUCGAAAAAGAUGCUGAUGUUGCUCAUCAAAUGAUGCAGGAAUUACAAAUACCAAAAUUCUCAGUUCUGGGCUUCAGCGAUGGAGGAAUAACAAGUCUUAUUCUUGCUGGAAAAUAUCCAGAUACUGUCAACAAAUUAGUUGUAUGGGGUGCCAACUCCUUCAUUCUACCGAGUGAAGUAGAAUCUUACAAAAAAAUAAGAGAUAUCAACAAUUGGUCUAGAAGAGCAUUAGAACCGCUAAUAGAGGUUUACGGUAAAGAGAGACUCGCUACAUACUGGGCGAGCUGGGUUGACGCCAUGGUCACAAUAUACAAUACAAAACAAGGCAACAUUUGUUCCCAUCUCUUGAAAAAUAUUCAGUGUCCAACGUACAUUUUGUACGGAGAGAAGGAUCCGCUCGUUGAUUGUGUGCAUGUCUCACACUUGCACACACAUAUAAGUGGAUCGAGAAUUCAUCUAUAUCCGGAAGGGAAGCAUCACAUUCACAUGCGUUACUCCGCAGACUUUAACAAGAGGGUGCAAGAGUUUUUGUUACAAGCCUAAUGCAAAUUACUAAUUUUCAAUUCUCAUGUGCUCAAAUUUUUUUAAGAAAGUUGACCUAUAGUUUUAUAGCGUAACAUAAGAAAUGUAUUGUAGUGGCG